AUGGCUGCAAUUACCGAAAUGGAUCCAACAGAAUUUGCAUACGGCGACAUGUAUUUUACAACAUAUAUGAACCAAGUUCCAUAUCAACUGGAGAAUGAACUCACAGAACUUCCUCAAGAAUUUGCUUUUUCCGCCGGUGAAGGACGUAUCCGGAAUAAAAUAUACAUGCACAGAGCCCUGAUUAGACUAUACGAUCAUUUGGGAAAAAACACGUCGCCGUUUGAGAAGCUCGAGCAUUAUCCAAAGAUUUAUCAGAGAGACACUAGAUCGCCGUGUGCCAAUGAUAGAUGUUUGUUUCUGACAAACAAGCAUUCAUUUCCUGAUGUCAGGCUGUUUCGGUAUAAGCCAUAUAUCAACAUAAGUGAGAGUGAGCAGAUACAUGAGAGUUAUUACAAGACACAGCACUUUAUAGAAUUUCCGUAUUCGCAUGCUGUUGACGGAAAGGACUGGACCGCGUGGAAGUCUAAAGAAAAUAUUCAUGCGAACGAUUACAUAGGUCUAGAUCUUCUACUUCCGAUGCAUGUCCCUCUUACAUUUCAUCUUGUAGUAGAUCAUAAGCCCGACUAUUUCGGUGCGCAAUCGGUUGAGAUUUCAAAUGAUGGUCUUAAUUGGGUCAAACAAUCGUCAAUUCCAAUUGAUAUACAUAAAGUAUCACGAACAUCCGAUGGCAGAAAAACGCCUGUAAUCUCUGCUACAUUCCAUAUACAGAACACAGGGUUUAGAUUUGUUAGGGUAUUGAGUAAUCGUAACUUUGACUUUGGUUUUGGAGUUUAUGAUUUCUCGUUUCAUGCUGACAUGAAGAGCAUACAAAAGAAACCAUAG